CUCUCAUCAAUAUAUAAAUGGAACGCGAUCCCCCGGUCGAGUCGCAUCGAUAAAAUCCAUAAUUUUGUCACACACAUACGAAACCAUCCUCGACAUCUCUCCUGACAUUCUCUAAAUCUUGAAUACCCUCGCUCUCAACAUCCCAUCUCAACUGAUAUAAAUAAAAGACACAGACACAAGAAUCAACAUGGGUAAACGCAAGAAGUCAUCGAGCAAGCCCCAAGGGCCCAAGAAGCGAGAACCACUCGCGACGACCUUCACCUGCCUCUUUUGCAACCACGAAAAGGCCAUCCAGAUCAAACUGGACAAAAAGGCCGGGGUCGGCAAUCUCCACUGCAAGGUCUGCGGACAACGGUUCCAGACCGGAAUCAACUACCUCUCCGCCGCCGUCGACGUUUACUCGGACUGGAUCGACGCCUGCGAGAACGUCGCCCAAGAGGCCGCGGCCCAGGAUGCAGAGGAUCAAAAGUUCAGCAGCUACGCCACCGCGCGUACGGGUGCUGGCGCUGGUGCUCCUGCGGCAAGGAUUGACGAAGAAGAAGAUGGAGAUUAUGGCGAUUACUGAACCUGGAAAAAAACUUGCUGGCACAAUUUCCUUUUCUCUCACGGACGCUCAUGGAAAAUGAUCGGUGGUUGGUCGGUCGGUCGGUCGGCUGGUCGGGAUAGUCCUGUACUGAGAGAGUACAGAGGACCUGGCGUUUUUUUACGGAAGAAUGACUCUUUGCAACGGCCUGGGUCGAAAAUUUCGGUGUGAAAUAAAAACACCACGAAAGACAUGAUCAUGGAGACUUGAUCUUUGCCCAAAUCAUUCAUAUUUGGGCUGUAUUAUAUUUGGCAUAGCAAGUUGGGCAGAUAACCUCCUACAACUACGACCGACCAUCUUCAGACACGGAGGAAGGAUAUACCUGCAAGCUUGUCGCCUGGGGGGUGGUCUAAUACGAAAUAGCCUAUGCCACAGCAUGAAUUCUGGGUUCGGAUUGCACCCUUCGAUGAGAUGAAAGUAUUUCCUGGACGUGUGCAAGGAGGUCGUGAGGACAGGCAGCUUUGGGUGAAACAGAAGAGAACAAAAGCCUCUUGCCGUGUAAUCUUGUUCAAUAGGAGAGUCGCUCUGGAUACUCUGCAAGAGGAAUUGCCGCGUGGAAUGUGAUAUUGUAGGCCAUACAAUGGGUAUUCCAACUCUCAAGUUGUUUCUGAUGUUGCUGCUGCU